AUGACCGACAUUACCUCAGAUAUCAACCAAGUCCUCAAGGACAGACAUGCAAGCACCACAAUCCCUAAGGGGGAGCCUCGUCCUCCAUCCACCGCAACGGCCGACGAGUUCCUCAAAGAAGCAUACCGCAUCAACUCGCACAUUCACUCUCUCCUCCUCUACCUCCAAUCCAUCCGCCACUCCUACCUCUCCACAACCCCAACCGUCCAUCCCCGCACCACCACCUCCCUCCGCACCAGCCCAACCACCUCCACCGCGACCAGCACCCAAAGCAAACCCCUCACCGACACUGAACGCGACUCCAUCGACUCUUCCACUGCCCUCCUCCUCCGCGACCUCUCCACCUCAAUCGCCAACCUCUCCACCGCCGAAUCUCUCCGCCAGGAAACCGAAUCCGGCCUCCUCCGCAAGAAACACCGCGCCCCGUCCGCCCUCCUCCGCUGGGCUGCCGGCGCCAGUGCCCUCGCAAACGCCCCCACCGAGAACAAAUCCCCCGAGCAGAUCGCCGAUGAGGAGCGCGCCCGCACCCUCCGCACCGUCCGCGAGAGCAUCCUCUGGUUCCUGCGGCGGGGGCUCGAGCGCGCGGCCGAGGCCCAGCGCGAUAUGGUCGAGAAGCGCAUUGAGCGCGUCCGCGAGAAGGAGAAGAGCGUGUUGUAUAAGAGUGAGGCGGGCGGGACUAGGCCUGUCCCUGCCUCUGUGCCUGUUUCUGUGUCUGGUCCUGGCCCGACAACCGCGGACCCGCACUUGCGCGGAGCAACGCUGAGCGAGACCGAGACCGCUGCUAUCGAGGCGGAGCUGUCGCCUGAGCAAUUGCAGCUGUUUGCCGAGGAGAAUGAUCUCAUGCUGAGGCAGUAUGAGGAUGCGUUGAGUAAAGUGCAGAAUGCCGAGAAAUCCCUCCUGGAGAUAUCCUCCCUCCAGCAGACGCUUGUGUCGCAUCUGUCGACGCAGGAGGAGUAUAUCGAGCAGCUGGUCAUGGAUGCUUCGUCGACGACGUCGAACAUCGGGCAGGGGAACAAGGAGCUGAAGCGCGCGUCGCAGCGGCGGAGUACGGCGCAGGCGGUGUUCUGGGGGACGGUGGGACUGUGUACAUGGCUUGUGGUAUGGGAUUUGAUUUUUUAA